AUGAGACGCGCUGUAUCCAAAUUCAUCCCGAGGGCCAGACCGGCCUCGGACCCGUCCACUUAUAAAAUCGAUCAGUCUAGCGUGGAAGAUUUCUACAUUCUGCUAGACGACCCCCAUAAGUCCUGGCUUCCAGGAGAAGAAAUUCUGGGCCAGGUGAUUCUUAUAUCGCGCAAGAACUUGGCUAAUAUCGCAAUCGUGUUUUCGCUAACGGGUUACGUUAAGAUAAAUGCCCUGCACCACUCCAAACUACGGGCAAUGAAACAUGUCUUGUUCAACCACAACAUCAAGAUCUACGGGCCCGACACUGACCUGCCCACAACCACUCUGGACGACUUCGUCAACGGUUUAUACAAGGGCGAGCAUCGUUUCCCCUUCAUUGUCAAACUUCCGAACAAAAGGGUAUACACUUCUUUGGACUUCGGUAAGGGCUCAAUAGAAUACGUAUUAAAGACAUCACUACGGUCUGCCGACGCCCCUAUGCUUCCAGAGGUCCAUCUGCCAGGUCCUAUUCCGAGCCCGACGUCUUCAGACCUACUCUGGAAAGCGAAAGCUUUCUCUAAGUUCCACACUGCAACCUUCAAGUCGGAAAAAAUCAUCAAUUUAGUCAACCCGAUUGAUGUGGCCCAGCUACCGCCACUGAAACCGAAAAGACUUAUUAUCAAGGACCCCCGGCACAACAAGAAGCUUCUGCGUGUUCAGUCGUCCACUUCUACCAUCAACACCUUCUCUACGAUGUCAUCCAAUAAUUCUGACAACGAGAGCAUCCAGACGGCCCACACAGGCAUGGCUCCGGGAGUUUCUGCCAACACGCCGUCUCUGCUCCUGAAUGCACACUUGAGUCUGGGAAAUGCCUCGUCCAAUGGGAUUUCUUCACCUCUGAUGGAUCACAGACCCAACCAUAUUAGAAUAACAAUGGAAAUAGGCCAGCGAGGCUUCUUGCGUGGUGAACUUAUUCCCAUCAAGCUUAGCAUCAACCACUUGAAGCAAAUACAAGACUCUCGUGGCAUAAUCGUGACUUUAGUCCGAGUUUGCCGUCUAGACUACGGUCCUGAUGGUUUCUACGAAUCUUUCCGCAAGGAUCUUCAGCAACUGGUUAUUCCGCUCUUUGUCGAUCCAAAUACUUUCUCACUGGAGAUCAACACAAGCUUACGUGUGCCGCCAGACGCAUUUCCAACCAUUCUGGGCUGUCCCAUGGUGUCCUUCCAAUAUUUCAUUGAGGUCAUGCUCAACCUUUCUGGAAAGUCUUUAAGUUUGGAUGGUCCGAGUGAACAUCCCAAGUCCAGCAUCGGCCCUCAUGAUGAUAUACUCACUUCUGCGCAGGGAUCCACGCCUGGUGCUGUCCCUGCUGCCAACUACAACUUCCACACAUAUGCCACUGCACAGAAUCGCUCUGAGUUCAUCAAUACUGACAAGUUCAAGAGGCUGAAGAAAUUUCUCCAGAUAACUUCCGAAGUGGUGAUCGGUACUCAUCGCCUGGAGAAACCCGCAAUUGCACCAUCUCCCGAUCCGAGCCAUUCAUUCGCAAUCACUCCAAGACGCUCUUCUCUGGGCUCAUCCAAUGCCAACUCGCCAGCAUUCACUCAACCUCCUCCUGCCAUACGUGCACAGCUGGGAAAUAUCGAUGUAAUUCCAGAGUCUGGCCCCAUGGACUUUUCUAUUCCUCCAUAUCUUGAGUCAACAAGCACGAUCCAUUCGGCGCGUGCUCCAGAACCCAUCACAGCACCAAUAUAUGAAGAUAUAUCGGAGAGAAUUCCGAUGCCACAGCAGCCCAACCUAUCUGAAAAGGAGAGAAUGCGCUUACAUGAGGCUAGUUUGUUGCCUUCUGAACCUCACUUCGACCAUUCAGAUGGUGAAGACAGAGAAACGGUCAGUCCCAUGGACCCCAGUAAUGAUAUUUUGGAUGAGCUUAUUAGCCAAGGGAAUCUGGAGAGUGGGAAUGGGGUGGGCUCUGACCGCGAUAUGUAUUUCUCGUCGAUUCGUCGACCACCAGGAGAGAGCCCUCAAGCUUUCCGAGAGGCUGAUGACUUGUAUGAUCCACCAGACAUCCACGAGGGAAUCGGACUGGAAGGUGCAAAGGAAUAUGUACCAAACUAUGACAAUUCCGGAAACGACAGGUUAGUUAUUACUGGUGAUCAGGAGAACCAAUCUAACUAG